UCUGCGUUCGUCGUACCUAUCAUUAUUGUAUUUAAUAUCCUACCUGCGCAUCGCUAUACCGCUGGUCGUUAGCUCACUUUAUACAGUACGUUACACGGUCGCCUGGCUUUGGAUUUUAAUUAAACACAUGACCCAGGCGUAGGUAUAACAUGCGUGCCAUGAUGUGUUCUCUCAUGCGUGUGUACGUGUAAAACCUUGUAUUAUUAGAAGUAGUGCCUAUUUAUUACCUACCGUUGUUGUGCGUUGUUUGAUGUUCACUGGACGAAAACACAAAUGGCGCGGCGAACAGACGUUGCUAUAGGGACCGCCACGAGUUUUCCGGCUACACAAUAAAAAAAAAAACCAUCGCCGACGGUGGUUGAGGAGGGGACCAAUUAUUGGCGGCCGGGCUUUCUCGAGUACGGCAGCACCUCUUGUACACUUCAGCUGUCCACAGUGGACAGUCCACUGCGCACUCUAAGGAGGCCUGUCGAAGGAAUGCGACUGUCCGAGUUCAGGUACACCCUGGUGCUGGUCGUCCAGCUGGCGCUGCUCGCCGUCGACCUGUUGUUCAACACGUUUAUCCACCGGUACCUGGCCAACACGGGAAUUUCGAUUUUGCUCUUUGUGUUACAAGACAUCGGUCAACUGGUCGCCAUCGCCGUGUUGCUCAUCACGUUCUUCCAGACCAACAUAUUUCAGGCCGGUUUCAUUGUGCUGCUGUUCAACGAGUUUCGGUCGACCAUCAUUACAGGCAUCGGUUAUUUUAUACUAACCCUGUUCGUGCAGGUGUGGACUCUGACUAACCGUUUCAAGGGACAGGUGUACUUCUACUGGCCGGACGGACUUUACGUGUUUUUUGUCCUGCACAAGUUCACUUCAUGUUUGCAUUACUACUUGUACAAAAGAACAGCCCUAUGUAUAUCAGAUCCUAAAUUUUACACUGAUGAAUGGAUUAAUCAUCGUAUAAAUCAAGAAUCAAAUCAGAGAAGUCCUAAGUAUUGAUGUAUGAUGAAGUUGGAUGUAUGUAGUAUGUUGUUAAGAUAGAAAUUAAUAAUAAAUUAUGAUACAAUAUUGAUCAUA